GUGAAAUCGAAGGCGGGGUCAUGCUCCGACACAAGCGGCGCCGGUUGAUGUCCGCGUCCGGCGAGAGUACUUCCCGACGUGUUGACAGUGGCGAAGAGCCUCUUGACACAUUUCAUGAGCAUGCGAAUACCGAUGAAAUCAUGGACGACACCCUCGCCGCAAUCCACGUGUUGCUCAGUCGAUAUCAUGCCGAGUUUGCCGCAAUGAAUCUCCCUUCCCUCGUCUUGUGGCAUCAGCUCUACAGCCUAGUGGAAAAUCGCACUGCCGUCGACCAAAGUGUCCAGCGCAUGCGCAACAGCGGGUUGAUUAUGACGUUGCGCAUCUCACUCCCAGGUCCCCAUGCCAUGGCGAUCUUGCUCACGUCGGACUACAUUGCGUUCAUGCUGCAGUACACCAAGCAGCACCGCGCGACUCGGGUUUUCGCCAAGGCUCUUCCCCAACUCACAAAGUCGCCAAUACUCACGGCAUCUGGAUUCGUUGACGCGGUCGAGUCGUUGUUUCGGUCGAGGCAACGAACUCCACCGUCUUCCUCCGUUCUAGAGCAAGACCUGACCCAUCUCGUGCAAAGUCGGUUCUUGGUGGCUUCGACCAACUUGGAAGCCAAGCAGUUUUACUUUACGUUACCUCGCCUGGGCAUGGUGAUCACGGGCAUCGCGCGGGCGCGCAAGGCGCUCACGAAUUUGCUCAAGGUACGCACACCCGACCCCGGAUGCUGCAGAGCCAAACGGAGCAUGGACACAGCGCCAGCCGUACCACGAAUUGGUCGAAGUCGAUGUCCGAAAGAAGAAACUGACUUGUUCGCGGCUCGGCAUGGACUUCCACAUUCUCGACAUGGCCGGCGCAGCCCUCUUCAUCCGCAUCCCGACAGCUCAAUCGUUUAUCCUCAAGCUCGACGACUCCACCGACAUCAGCACACGUUCCUGACUACGCGGUGGCGUUCGGACUCGGCCACACCUCGGCUCUCAUGGCACUCCCGUUUAUUUGUGUGUUCUUCGACGUCUGGGCUGGGAAUUCAUACUGGUGAGAUCGCUCCUUGGAUCAACCAGCGCUCGCGAUGCCAGCACGAAAGUGGUCGUGCCAAUCACGCAUUCUAUUCAGGACUUGAACUGCCGGAUGUGGUUCUGCACGUCGCGCAAUAAGCAAGAUGCUUUUGUAGCGACCUUGCUGCAGGAUGCUUGUAAAAAGGCCCUCGGGUGGGCGCGCGGCCCCUCGAACGUUGUUGCA